UUCACAGGUGACAAUGUGUGUGAGUUGAUCAAAUCAAAUACACAUAUUUAGAAGAUGUUUUUGCGGGUGUAGCGAAAUGCUUGUGUUCCUGAUGUUGAUCAAAUCCUGACCUUGAAUGAAUAAAACGUCAGCAUUAUAUUAUAAAUAUAUAAUUAUAAAUUAUAAUUGUUGGCUAAACCAAUUAAACCUAGUUAUCACGAUAGUAAUGCAUUUUAACGUUACCUGUUGUUUUCUUGUUGUUUUGGAUUUAAUACACGUUUUUGUUGUAGAAGUUUAUUUUUGCUUAGUUCAUCAGUCAAUGAAACCAAACCACGAUGGGUGAUGGAAAACGUCUGUCAGAUUCUAAUUCAUUUAGCUGGCCUUUGACUUUCUGGAGUGUGUGUCUCAUCUUUUUGAAUGUACAACGCUGCUAAAUGAGAUCAGGCCAGCAAGUUUUAAGUGAUGGGGUGAAUUUCUGUGCAGUCAGAUUGAAUUACAGUCUGGUUGACUGGCUGCAGGAUUCCAAGGAGAGGUAUUUUGGAAAUCUGCCCUCAAACCACUAUGGAAAUUGAUAUUGCAACUGUAAACAACAAAAAAUGGUGUUCUGCUGGGUUUACCUGACUCAUGUUUAUUAUGCUUUUUAGAACCAGACUUCACAAUCAUAACCUAUGUGUGACUAUUUCAGAAAACUAUAUUCAUGAUACCAACAGUUCCAUGGGCAACAAUACGAAGACACAGACGUAGAAACCGUUCUAAAAGGACAUGCAUCUACGAUGUAUCCUCUCUACAACAGGCAAUAUGAGGGAUUUACAGGGGAUGACCAUGAGAUGAGGGACAACAUUCAUAGAAGAACAUGUCACAGUUCUUUCAGCUACUCAUCUUUUGAUGAUGAAGAGGAGUUGGAGGAUGAAGAACAGGUGAAGGCACCUGUGGAGGAGGAGUGUUCCCACAAGAGUGAAGAUGUGUCACGUGUUUCUCCACUACCCAGAACCACCCAGGUGGUAUUUGAGAUCCAGUCGGGAAGGGCUGUGCCUCGCCUCAGGGAGCCCCGACACCUGUACGGUGUGUCUGGACAUGUGUCCCAAACACUGCCACGCUGGCCCCACGAGUGGGAGGUCAUCCCGGGGGACAUUCAGCAUAUUGAGUGGGCUCCUCCCUUCCCAGAGCCACUGUGUGCUCAGAUGAACACCAGCGAGUGGCUGAGACCAGAGUCUGAAGUGGAAGGCACCGUUGUGUAUGACACACAGAGAAAUAAAGAGAACUACUUCCUGGGUUCUCGUGUGGGGGGCCGUCGCUCCUCCCUGACCGCUGCUGCUGUGUCUCUCUCUGGCCCUGAUGACAUCACUCUGCUGUUCGAGGGACGCUUCGAGAGUGGCAACCUGCUGAAAGCAACCAGGGUUGGUGAAUUUGAUUAUGAGCUCUCCCUGCGGACGGACCUGUACACAGAGAAGCACACUCAGUGGUUCUACUUCCGGGUGAGGAACACGAGGGCGGGGGUUCGUUACCGCUUCACCAUCACCAACCUGCUGAAGGUGACCAGUCUGUAUGAAGAGGGGCAGCUGCCUCUGCUCUACUCUGAGGAGGAGGCACGGAUCCAGGGGGUGGGCUGGCACCGCGUGGGCCAACAGGUCUCCUACCAACGUAACGGGCGGCACCACGCCGACCAGCCCUGCUACUCCCUCUCCUGGACCUUUUGCUUCCCUUAUGACCAGGACACCUGUUACCUGGCCCACUGCUUCCCUUACACCUACUCCAACCUGUGGGCCCACCUGUCCGAGAUCGAGCGGGACCCCCACCGCUCGCGGUUCUGUAAGGUGCGGACUCUGUGCCGGUCGCUGGCGGGUAACCUGGUUCCGGUGCUGACGGUGACCAACCCAUCCCACCGUGAGGACAGGAUUCACAAGCCUGCUGUGGUGCUGACCGCCCGGAUACACCCCGGGGAGACCAACAGCUCCUGGGUGAUGAGGGGUAUCCUGAACUUCCUGCUGGGAGACUCUCCGGAUGCGGCGCUACUCCGAGAUGCCUUCGUCUUCAAGCUGGUGCCCAUGCUGAACCCGGACGGGGUUAUAGUAGGAAACUACCGCUGCUCGCUGACCGGACGUGACCUCAACCGCAACUACAAGUCCAUCCUCAGAGACUCCUUCCCUACCGUGUGGGCCACACACACCAUGGUCCAGAGACUGUGUGAGGAGCGUAAGGUGCUGCUGUACUGUGAUCUCCAUGGACACAGCCGUAAACACAACGUCUUCACCUACGGCUGUGAGAACCCCCGGGCCGCCGACAGACACCCUCACGAACGAGUCUUCCCUCUGAUGCUCAGCAAGAAUUGCCCUGACAUGUUCUCGUUCGGGAGCUGUAAGUUCAAGGUACAGCGCAGUAAGGAGGGAACAGGCAGAGUGUCUCUGUGGAGGCUGGGGGUCCUCAACUCCUUCACCCUGGAGACAUCGUUCUGUGGCUCCAACAUCGGUAAGAGGAAGGGGACCCAUUUCAGCACUCAGGACCUAGAGAUGUUGGGGGCUCAGUUCUGUGACACACUACUGGACUACUGUGACCCGGACCGGACAAAGUACAGCGCGUGUUUGAGAGAGCUACAGGAGAUCAUGAGACAGGAGGCAGGUUUGCCAAUAGACAACAAGCCUACAGAUACCUCACUGACCGACCACGAGGCCAGCACCAGUGGAUCCAACAGCUCCCAGACGGACGGGCCUCCUACUCACCUCCAGGCCUUCAACAAGAUGACGUCCCGUAAGAAACUGAAGUCCAAGAAGGAGAGGAACAGAUCUCCCCUGGUCAGAGCCAGGGAGAGAGAGGAAAAUGGGGAUAAUGGUGUCAAUAAGACGUUGAAGAAAAGCAAAUAUGUAUUGAAGCCUUUAAAGGCUCCUCCAGCAGUGCCCAGGAGGGAACCUCCAAAAUGGAGGGAGAGACAACUGAUCCCCCCUGAGCCAAGUCCUCCAGAUAAGAAGGCAGUCUAUCGUUCCUUCUGAACGGAGAGA